AUGGACCCCAGCGUAGGAAAAACCCCGUCAGGGAAGGAGAAAACAGAAAAAGAACAGCCAAAAAGGGAAGAAGUGGAAGGGGUGGACAUUCUGAAGCAUUGCCACAAUGAGUUCAAAAUGGACAUUUCUUUCUUCACAAAAUUGUACGAACAGAAAAUUGAAAUUUACAAGCGUCGAUGUGAGUAUAUCAAUCUGCUUUCGAGUAGCAACGUGCAUAGAAUGAAUGUGAGGGUGAAUCAUCCCCACCUGCCGGAUUCUUCGGAGCCGCUUCUGUUUGAGUAUCCCUACGUCAGUUGCAGCGUGGUAGAAAUUGAUAGGAAUUCUUUCCCCCAUGUCGAGGGAGAAAGCGGUCAAACUGCAGCAGAGAGUAUGACCUGUGAGGAAGUGGCAGAAAGGGAAAACGUUACUUCAUGCAACACUGUUCCGAGUGGAGUAAGUGAUGGAGCUGAGGAGUUCUCCGUGAUGUGCACAACCAGGAGGGAAGAUAUGAAAAAUACACAGGGGAAGGAUACCAAGGCAAAGCAAAGGAACACGUUUUCAAAGAAAUAUCGGGGCAUUUUACUAAACUUCAACACCCUGGAGGAAUUUUUAACCACGAAAAGGGGAACACACAUUAAUUACACAAUGAGCAAUUUGAGGAAGUACUUGAAGAGAGCUAGCCAUAUGAACAAUGGCCUCGACGAUGGAACAAUGAAAGACAACAUCUAUGAAGAUUCCUUCUGGAUAUAUAAACCAAAUGAGAUAAACUACUUUGAAAAAAUAAACACAUAUUUAAUUUUAACCUUUUUUGAUCUUAAAGAUUUUCUGUGCUACUACAGCUUGGCCAACCCGGUGGUGAAUCCGCGUGUCCAUUUUAAGAUGAUACAACCCAGUGAGCGAUUAUAUUUUUUUAUCGACCCUGAGGUGAUGUACCUAGAUUCGAGAAAGAACUACAUCAACGUGGGAGAUCUGCUGUACUUGUCUCACCAAAUUGAGACAUUCUUUGACGGGAAUAAAUUGUUCGUGGACUCUGGGGCAUUUCUUCUGUUAAAGUUUGAUGCGGAGGAGUUGUCCUUACGGAAUCCUCACCUGUAUAUGAAAAUGUACCAGAGGAGUUUGCACCGUUUAGGAGUCUGCCAUAAACUUGGAGAGGAGAGGAAGGAAGAAAUAGCGUUUGCCUCGUUGGGCUCCUUCAAGGAUGUGUGCGAAUAUCUCUCAGGCAUUCGCGAGAAGCACCCUCAAGGGAGUAACCUCUGUAUGUGUGCUUGUUCAGAUAACCCAGUGGAGCGGUUAAGAGACACCCGUUCAUGCGAUUGUAAAUGCCACUUCGACGAUCCGAAGAUGAAAUGUGACAGCCCCUAUCACGUGCUGCGCCGUUAUGCUGGGCUCACCGUCCUACCGUUAAGCUGCUUAGGCGAACUCAAAGAAGAUCUACAAAAUUUGAAGGAGAAGAAGUUAAAAUACGUUAUGGAAGACUUUUUCCACCUGUACAUCUGCCUUGUGGAUCCAAAUUGCGUCUUCACGUCCCUGGGUUGGGACUUUCGAAAUCUGCUAUAUUGUCUGUCCUUAAAAUACGAGUUGUACGAUUUCGAGAUCGAGUUGCUUGUCUUUAGGGAUUUCUCUUUACUGUCCGAGGAAGUCGUGUGCAAGUCGUUGUCCACUCAUUUGUUAUGGAAAUAUCCCUAUUCGAAAGGAAGUCCCACUGCCACCAUCCCUGGGAUGUCCAAUGCGCAUGUGCCCCCUGUGAAGAGCGCUCAGUGCACCAUGGUGUCUAAGAUGGUUACUCGAGAUUAUGAUGCCAUGCAAGUGGGGGAGGAACGUGAGUGGAUUGGGAAAAGGGAAGAAUCUUACAUGGAAGGGAAAACAUUUCACCACAGGGGGGGGGAAAUACACUUCUCCGGGGAAACACACCUCGCCGGGGAAACACACCUCUCCGCGAGGAAAGACCAACUGGUGAAGUACCUGCUAAAUUCGUCAGUUUUUAAAAUAAGGGUCCCAAGCAGGGGCGACCUUGGGGAAGCGGCUACAGGGGGAGUUGCUGCGAUCGAAACUGCUGCUUGCGUGGAUGCCGCCCCCAUCCUCUGCGCGCCCGGGUGGAAGCGGCGCGUGGGGGCAAACGGCGACAGCACCAUCCACAAAGUUAGCCUGCGCAACUUUCUCAACCGAGACGUGGUGCAGAGAAUAGCCCUCGAGCAGCAUGUAAAGCUAAUAAAGUGGAAUCUCCUCAAAGAUCUAAACGAGGAAAAAAUAACCUCAUUGAAGGUCCUAAUCCUAGGCAUGGGCACAGUAGGGUGUAAUGUCGCAAGGACGUGUGUAACCUGGGGAAUAAAACACUUAACCCUCGUUGAUAAUUCUGUCGUAAAACCUUCGAACGUAGGUAGGCAGUCCCUCUACACCACAGAUGACAUAGAAGAUGAGUGUAAAAUGCCAGUGCACAAAGUAGUCGCUGCGAAGAGGCGUUUAUUAAAAAUUGCCCCAGAUCUGAAGAUUCAGGCGAAGCUGAUUGAUAUUCCUAUGCCUGGGCAUUCGAGCUACGUCUCCAACGGACGCAUAGGUAAGACGAAGGAAACAAUCGCCGAUUUAGAUAAUUUGAUAUCCAAUCAUGAUAUCGUUUUUUUGGCAACUGAUUCGAAGGAAUCAAGGUACUUCCCCAGUUUGCUAAUUGCGGAGAAGCAGUAUAACUGUAUGAGGGAGUUGCAAAAUGGACAGAAAUGGGAAGAGCAGCAGAGGGAGACCACCCUCCCCACGGUGGAUUCUACUAACUCCGUGGAAUCUACCAACCCUGUGGAUUGUGCUAACCCCGUGGACUGUACAAACCCCAUGCACUUCGAUCCCCCUAGUGACUACCAUAGCGAUCUCUACAUGUCCUUAUCCAAGGAGAAUAACCUGACGGACGAAGCCAUCCAUGAGAGGCAAACCUUUUACAACAAUAUUCUGACGAAUGUAAUGCAACUAGCCAAAAUGCCCCCCCUGGGAAUUACAAUCGCGUUAGGAUUCGAAUCGCUACACAUAAUUAGACACCCCUACUUAUAUUUUAAGGGUGGGUGCUUCUACUGUAACGAUUUGCACUCUCCAGAGAACUCCUCAUUUGGCCAACCAUUUGACGAGAAGUGCACUGUGAGUAGAGGAGGACUAAGUAGCAUCAGUGGUGGGCUAUCUGUAGAGUUAUUAAUUUCCCUAACGCAACACCCGCUACAUUUUUUUGCACCUCACACGAAUAAAGAUCAGUAUGUGUACGGCUGCGACAUGCACAUGGAUGGAAGGAGGGAUCCUUCCAGGGAGCAGACAGGAAGGGUGAAGAACAGAGCUGCUUCAAAUUCUCUGGUUUCUUGCUUGGGAGCCACACCUCACAUUUUGUCCCUCAAUUUGGCCGAAUUCACGAUGAGGAAAAUGUAUUGCAGUGCCUUCGACCGAUGCAUGUGUUGCUCGGAGAAGGUCAUUUUGCGCUACCAGGCAUGCCCGGAGGUGUUCGUCGAAAAUGUCAUCCGCGACAGCAGCGUCCUCGAGAGGAUCACGGGCAUCGACGAGCUCAGGGAGAAGGAAAGCGAUGUGAUCAUGUUGGACUGA